AUGGCGGACUCCUCCACGGCUUCCGCUGAAGACACAACGGCCAAGUCACCAGAUCCUCCAAUUCAAGACUCGAUCGAGGUAGCAACUGAGGUUAAGGAUGAAGAUGCCGCAGAUGAUAAGUCGGAAAAUCUGAAUGAGCCUGAUGCCAUUGAGGAUGAGGCAGCGGGAGAACGGCCUGUCUCCAACGACCAAUAUAGAGCACUCAAGCACAUCACAGAAGUCCUGACUAACCAUAAGGUCAAAGUGAAAGGAGACGAGGACCAUUAUCCUUCCACCUUGUUUCGCCGUAUCCCAAAUCGAAGAAACCUCCCCGAUUAUCACGAGAUCAUCAAAGACCCAGUUGCACUUAGUACGCUCAAAGGCAAAAUCCAGAGAAAGCAGUACACCGGCAUUCCCGAAUUCGUCCGCGAUUUCGCUUUGAUCGUCCAUAAUGCUCAGGUAUACAAUCGACCCAACUCUGCGCCUGUCCGGGAUGUCCUCGAACUGCAGACCCUGUUCAAGGCCGAGUUGCAGAAGCUAGUCGAAGAAUCAUUGGUCAAAGAGGACGAAACCGAAUUCCCCGACUUGGGAGAAAUUCCUUAUGCUACGCCAGAACCCGAUCCGGUCUCGGAAGAAGAAGACGAGAAUGAAGAUGACCAAGAUCAGGACGAGGACGAGGACGACGAUGAGGGCGAUGCAGACGAUUCUGACGAUGACCGAAGGAAACGCAAAGGACGCAGAGGCAGGGCCAGUAUGUCUGGUCGUAAAGGUGGUAAUGAUGACGACGAGAACAAACUCAACGAUGGCGAUGUUCGGAAGCGUCGCGGAAGGCCACCAAAGGUUGACACACCAUUGGAAGCUCGAAUCAAAGCAAUCCUGAAGGGCUUGCGCAAACCCAAGGAUAAGGCAGGCCAUCUCAGAGUGCGACAUUUCGAACGUUUGCCAGACAAGGCAGAGUAUCCUGCCUAUUUUGUCGAGAUCAAGGAGCCCAUUGCACUCGACACGAUCAAAAAGAAAGCCAAGAGAAAGAAGUACCAGUCCUUGGAGCACUUCAUGAAAGAUAUCGAAUUGCUGUUCAACAAUGCCAAAGACUUCAAUCAAGACUCGAGUGAGAUCUACCAGGAUGCGGUGGAAUUACACACUGAAGCAGUGCGUCUUCUUGAUGUUGAAAAAGCCAAGCCCGAUGAUGAAUACUUGAUGGAGGAUGGAAGAAGACCCCUCCCUUCUGGAAUCCUACACAACAACGAGCUAUGGAAGGUCGGUGAUUGGGUGCAUAUUAAGAACCCUAACGACGUGACAAAACCUAUUGUGGCUCAAAUCUAUCGGACAUGGGAAGAUACUGACGGUCAGAAGUGGAUUAAUGCUUGCUGGUAUUAUCGACCAGAACAGACCGUUCAUCAGUAUGAGAAGCACUUCUUCCCUAAUGAGGUGGUCAAAACUGGACAAUAUCGAGAUCACCAGAUUGAAGAAGUGAUUGAUCGAUGCUUUGUCAUGUUCUUCACCCGGUUCAGUCGUGGUCGUCCAAGGGCGCUUGAUUCCAGUAAAGAGGUCUAUGUUUGCGAGGCAAGAUACAACGAAGAAAAACAUCGAUUCAACAAGAUCAAAACUUGGGCCAGCUGUUUACCCGACGAAGUGCGAGACAAGGACUAUGAGAUGCACCUGUUUGAUCAACCUCGUAGGAUAAAGAAAGUCCCCAGUCCACUCAAGCAUCUUCUGAAGGACGAUGCAAAAAGCACCGAUGAUAUUCCUUCACCUCAAUGGGGUCAUCCAAAUGCACCUCCGUUGGUUGGUGGCAUUCACAGACAACCACGCGACGAGAAUCAAUCACCACCACCGGAGCGUACACCCCCUCCCCCUCCGACGCCUGCUGCUCAACCUAUCCGACAAGCCUCUACAAAUACCAUUUCACACCAACAACAUCGUCCAAGCAUGGAUAGUCGAACAAGUCUUGGUUCGGGCAUCCUGCCUCAACUCUCCCGUGCCUCGUCGUCCAUGACACCUCAAGUCCCUCCCUACCAGGCACAGUCGAUUUCUCCUGCACCUCAAUAUCUUCGACAAAACACCUUCCAACAGACACCGGCAACAGCUCAUCGUACUGUUACUCCUCAAACUCCAACACAGCCGAUGUCACUACCCUAUGUUGCUAAUCAACAACUACAUCCUACACCUGCCCUCACGGCUGCUCAUCCCGCAAACUACGCCCCAGUUGCUGCUCCUGUUCAAUCUUAUGCUCGACCCGCAGUCCAUCCAGCUCAAGCUUACACCCCUUAUGGGGGUGUCAUGGCGACUCCUACCCGAGAGCCCGAUGUGUUUGUAUUACCCGACAUAGCCAAUGAGUCCAUUCCUAAAUCUAUUCGCGAUCAAUUUCCACAAGACUCUGAAGGUCGGGUGUUGUUCUUCACCAAGCCACCCGUUGUCUCAAACCAGGCAAUUUAUGACAGACAUACUGGAGAGAAACAGAAAUCUUUGGCCCACAGUGAGAAAUAUUUAGCUGCAAAGGCUACACGUAACGAGCUUAUUGCUUCAAGAAAGCGGGCCUAUGAACAACGAAAAGUUGAAGCUGAUCGCAAACGCGUCAAAUACGACACUUUCAACGGUCGCAGCGACAUCAAUGGAGACAAAUCAAUUUCCACCAACGGCGCAAGCCUGCUUGAGGACGGUCGUCAGCCCUCUGCAAAGCUCCCAGAGCCGGAAAUCGAAGUCGCUUCCAAAGCUGUGAUUAAGUCAAUACAGGAGUGGAUUGAUAACAUGAAUCAACACACAACAGAGGACUACAAGGCCAGAUAUGGUGACCGAUGGGAAGAGGUCCGCACAGAAGAUGAGCUCCGCCAGCGGGAAAUGGCCAAGAAAGAUGGUGAGAAGCGAAAGGAUCGGGACGAGGUUCUUGCGAAGUGUUCCAAUGCCCCGACCUACAUCACCAACUUUAGUACGGACAUUUGGGGCAAUGGCUUCAGGGGUGAGAGGUAUUAA